UUAAAUAGUUAAUUAAAUAAAAACUUCAUAAAUUUAAACAUCAAGGUAUAUUUACAAAUAUACUUUUUUAUGUUUAGCUCCCCACCCUUGCGUAGGGCUUCUAGGUACACCCCUGACCAGCGAUAAUAGCACCCACUUGUCGGCUAGCUGAUACCGUGGCAAGUGCAACUCUGCGCCCAUCCGUUUGUCCAAACGAUUAAUGUCCUUAGAAAUGUCUUAAAAUCAAAAUUAAUAUACGACUAAUAGAUUUAGUAAUUGCUCAACAACCAGUGAAUUGUUCAUAGUUAAAUAGUUUCGAGUGAUCUUUACUUUUUUAAUUAAAUUCUGCCCUGCUAGAGGCUGUUCAGCAGGGUUGUCUCAUGUCUACAUACUUUUCAUGAUGUUGAUGAUAUAUUUGGAAUAAUUAGAGGAUUUUAACAGAUCAAUCAAUAAUGGAUGUUACAAUGAAAAAUGCAAGUAGAGGAAGCAGCUGGGUCUGUCCCAAUGACCGACAUUUAGCAUUGAGAGCUAAGCUGCGAACAGGCUGGUCAGUGAAAACUGGUUCUUUAGAUUCAUCUUGGGGCAAUCCUAAUUUUUAUUCAAGUGGUACAAAUAGAUGUGCGCAGUCUUUUGUACUUACCGAAGAAGAGCAACAGACAAUCAUACAGGUAAUCCAACGAGCAGAAGCUUUGGAUUUAUCAGAACAGGAAAGAAUUGGUAGAUUAGUGGAAAGACUGGAAAAUAUGAAACGUAAUGUAUGCAUGGUUACAGCAACAAGAAUGAAUGAAAGAAAAAAUUGCAGUAGCAGAUGCUCCAGAAGUGCACACUGCGUAUGUUCUUGUGCCCUUUGUGGUGAGAAAUUUGGUGCAGUGUUAGGUGCAACACCAAGUCUAUGCAAAGACUGUCGUAAAUAUAUAUGUCAGAAGUGUGGCAUUGAAACAAAUGAACUUAAUUCAAUGCUUUCAAACAUUUCAACUAUGAGAGAAGAAACAACAGCUAUGCAACGAAUCAUUAAACGAUCAAGCAGCAGUCAGAAACAAUACCUUUGUCGAAUAUGUGCUGAAACCAGAGAGAUGUGGAAGAAAAGUGGUGCUUGGUUUUUCAAAGGAAUGCCAAAGUAUAUCUUACCAGAGAAAAAGGAACGAGGAUGGUCGAGAUCUAUUCACAAAACAUCUACUUGGAUAAGUGGAGGUAAUAAAUCUUUGGAAUCUGCUGAACUUCAAGAUUCUUCCUCUGAUGAAGAAGCAACAAGACGUUUGGCAUUAGCCAGAAGACAAUCUAAUUCAUUCUCUAGCUUACAAAGGAAUCAAGACAGUAUUACUAAUAAGACUCAUUCAUCAUUUUCUACUUCUGGUCAAUCAACAUCAUCGGGACAACCAUCAAACAGUCUCUCACCGUUGAAUAAUCGUGACGAAUGUUCAGAUCAAUUGGAUAAAUCGACUCUUUCUAUCACCUCUCAGUGCAGUCGCCUUUCACCGACUACUUCUGUUACUAGUCCUCGUUCACGAACAAACAGUAAAACGACUUCCGAUUAUCCGAUCGAGCAACGUGUAUCGUUCGAAGACGAGAUUAUGGACGAGAAGAACAGAAAAUUAAACGAUAUUAAUGAUUCAAACGAUGACAUUCAUAAAGCGGAAUUCAGUACACGUAAUCAGUCUAAAAUCUCUCAGGUACAAUCUCUCAGGUACGUAAGAAUAAUGAAUACAAGGGUAGAAGUUUGUCUGAUAUCAGUUGAUUGCAGAUCCAGUUCCUCAACGACGAUUGUUCCGAUGGAACAUAUUUCAGGUCAAGAGAAGUACAUGAAUCAGGAAGGAAGUCGAACGUAUUCGGAACAGGAGAGUCUGUACAGCAAUGUCAAUCAGAUCAAUGUACCACGGCUACAAAGGUGGGAAUGCGAAAUGGAACAAAACUAUGGAACUCUAGAAGUCUCCUUGCGAUACGACCCAGCAGUUCAGUGCCUCCGAUGCAAAGUGGAACGAGCCCGAGGUUUACGUCCAAUGGAUAUCCAUGGUCUAGCCGAUCCGUUCUGCAAGCUAAACAUAUUACCACUGGCAACAGUAACGACUACGAAACGACUUCGAACAAAAACGGUUCAUCAAACGCGGGAUCCAGAAUUCAACGAGACACUGAACUUCUAUGGGACAACAGAAACCGAUAUAUGGAACGGCAAGGCAUUGCACAUUCUGAUUCUCCAAGACGAUCCGGCAGGCCAAGACUUUCUGGGAGAGGCAAGGUUCCCUCUGCAUGAGUUACAUCCACGACAAACGAAACGUUACAACGUGCCACUGCAAAAUCAUUAUCCAGUGGACAAUGAAGAGGCAGCUUGGGGCGUGUUUUCCAGUGGACGGGGACAAAUACAACUUAGCUUAGGGUACUGUACUAGACGCGGGGCAUUGAUGGUUACUGUUCACCGAGCUACGAAUCUUCUUCCUAUGGACAGUAAUGGAUCUUCCGAUCCAUUUGUCAAAUUGUGCCUUAUAGAAAAUGUGACGAACAAUCAUCGACAGCGUAUUUUCGACUACUCGUUUGCACGUAUUACUAUUAGAAAGCUAGUGUCAAAAAAGGUUGCAAAUUGCAAUGCACAAAACACAAGUGUCAAGUGGAAAACCUUGAAUCCAGAAUGGAAUGAAGAGUUUGCUUUUGCUGCUCGAUUAACAGACCUCAUGAAAAUUACGUUAUGUCUCACAGUAUGGGAUAAGGACUUUGGCAAGAGUAAUGACUAUCUAGGCGGACUCGAGCUAAGUUGUAACAGCAAAGGAGCCAGAUUAAGACACUGGAUAGAUGCAAUCAAAUUUCCAGAUCACCGUCAUCAAGCUUGGCACAACUUAACUGAUGCUAUUUUGCCUACAGAAUGAAAGAUUAUAUUUCUAUUUUUCUUAAUAUGCUACUCAAGACAUUUUAAUAAGAUCUAUAAUCAAUGUGAAUUAUAAUCUAGAAAACAUAAUUUAUUUACACACGAUCUACAGCAGGCAUGACCAAGUGUCUUCCUGCCAUUUAUAUUGCAGGCCAAUUAAAUCCCCAAACACCCAAAUUUAGGAAUUCGAAGAUUGAUAGCCUAGAAAAGGGAUGAGGGAAGCAUAUGUGAAUAAAGAGAACCUAGGAUUUGGAAGUUUGGAAAUUAGAAAAUAUAGUAAUUUAGAAAUUUGAGAAUCACCACUUGAUCAUGCCUGAUCUACAGUAUUGCUCAAAAUGUAUUAUUUGAACAAAUAAGGUUAAAAUAAUGUAAUAAUAAAAAUGUUGUAUUAUA